UGCUUGCUAGGGCUUGCCUGUAUUCAGUAGCAAAACGUCAGUCAAACGCAUUCACCAAUUAAGUCCGGUUUUUAAAUUAAAACAAAAAAUUAAUAAUCACCAAACAACAUGAACUACAUACUCUUUGUAUUCAGUAUUAUCGUUUUGUUGUUGUGCGCCAAUGUACAGGCCGUCGACAAGUAGGCUUGCUCACAGCCACAAGAAGUCGGUCCCUGCCGCAAAGCUGAUCCGAAAUUCUCCUACAACAGCGAGAAGAAGGCUUGUGAGCAAUUCUUCUAUGGUGGCUGUCAAGGAAAUGAUAAUCGCUUUGACUCCAAGGAAGAGUGUGAGAAAAAUUCCUUUAAGUGAUGCGAUCAAGUUUUAUUGAUAAAUUUAUCGUCGUUGGAUUGGUGUAGAGGCAAAUAAUUGUUGAUGGUUUUUGUAAAUAUGUAUUGUACUUACGAAAAUGUAUUUGUUAAAAAAAA